AUUGCAAAAGGUGAAAUGUACACGUCGACGUGGCAUGAUGUCAUAUGUACGACAAGGACCCGGAUCAAAAUACACGAAGAAACCAUCAGGAGGUAAUUCCGGUGAUGUGCGAUAGGCCUCAUGAAUACUCGUCGGCGCCACGGACCCAGGAGCAAUGAGGACGGGGUGUAUCUGGGGCCAUCCCUCACCCAGCCACAACUGCUCCAGCAGCCCGAUGCCCCCCUCUCUACCUCUCUGCCCCUCGCCCCCCCUGUAGAUUUAGGUGGGGGGUCCUGCCGUGACCGUACGACAGAAUUCCAGUCUGUGUGCCGGUCUCUGCAGGGACGACAGAAUGGCCUCCAGACUAAUAAACCAGCUCUCAGUGCUGUCAGACAACGCAGUGACUUCACUCUUGUGGCAAAACGUAUUGGGAGAGACUUGAGUAAUACUUUUGCCAAACUUGAAAAGCUGACGAUACUUGCCAAAAGGAAGUCUCUUUUUGAUGAUAAAGCCACUGAAAUCGAUGAGUUAACGUACAUUGUGAAACAGGACAUCAACAGUCUAAAUAAGCAGAUAGCCCAACUGCAGGAGCUGGUCCGCUCCAGAAGUGGACAGAAUGGCCGGCACCUGCAGACACAUUCCAACACCGUAGUUGUGUCGUUACAAUCAAAGCUGGCAGCCAUGUCAAAUGACUUCAAGUCAGUGUUGGAGGUCAGAACAGAGAAUCUGAAACAGCAGCACAGUCGACGAGAGCAGUUCUCUCAGGCCCCCACGCACUACUCGCCCAAUGCAGCCUCACCUCUGCAAGCCCACAACUUCAACCCAGGAAACUCAUUACUAAUGCAAGAUGAGUCUAGGAACCCAGGUGAUGUGUCCAUAGACAUGGACUCCCGUGCUAGCCAGCAGAUGCAGCUUGUAAAUGAACAGAACUCCUACAUUCAGAGCCGGGCAGACACCAUGCAGAACAUCGAGACCACCAUCGUGGAGCUGGGCUCCAUCUUUCAACAGCUGGCUCAUAUGGUGAAGGAGCAGGAGGAAGUUGUACAGAGGAUUGAUCACAACGUUGAGGAUGCCCACUUCAACGUGGAGGCUGCACACACAGAGAUCCUUAAGUACUUCCAAUCGGUGUCUGGCAACCGUUGGCUUCUCAUCAAAAUCUUCCUCAUCCUCAUGGUUUUCUUCAUCGUCUUUGUCGUCUUCUUAGCCUGAAUGAUUUUGUUAAAUGUAUGAGGAUGUUUGGAUGUUUGGACGGAACAGGACAGGUGGUGUUGGUAGAGGAUGUGGCCAAAAGUGGAGUUUCUUAGCUCAUCCGCCCAUCACACCCUCACCUUGUGAGAUGCUCACCUGGUUCAUCUUACCUGUCUGGUGCGGUCCUGUGCAAUCACACAGGUGGGAAUGACCGUAAUAAUCCAGAAGCGAUUUUUCAGUUGUGAUUUGAUUUAAUUCUUCUUUCACGUUCAUACUGUUUAAUGUCUGAAAUUGGACCAUGAUCAGUAAAGUGCAACAUGUAGUUGGAACAGGGAACGAGUGUGUGAUAUUGAAUAAGUAGCCUUGCACUAGCCAUGUCAUUUGGAAUUGGCUUAUUGAGUAUUGUAAUGAAAUAUUAUUUUGAAAUAUUUCAGAUACUGUUCAGGACCUUGUUGUUUUAAUUUUACCCAACAUUAUUAGUCCUGAUAGAUAUCUUCACUGUGUCCAGUUUUAUUUAGGCCAUUUGUUGUUGUUGUUGUUAUUGUCUUUUUGAGGGAGCUGUGUUGGAUUGGUUUCUGUAUUCUUUGCUGCUCAUGGUGCAUACUUGUUAAUGAUUGCCUACCCAACACUUUGCUUACACCAUCUGAGGUAUGAAUGCACAGACCCUGGGUAAAUUAAUUUUAUUUUAUUUUAUUGUUUUUUUCCAGUUUCAUUUAGACCAUCUCCAUUUCUAACAAGUGUUAAAAACUGCCUGUGUUCCAAGUAGGACUAUCAUGGUUUAACAUUACCAAGGCUGUUACUGAUCCCUCUGUAUUAACUCUCUAAGUCAUGCUCACUCACUCAGCAAGAUUAGGGUUAUUAGGGCACAGAUGCAAACUCUGUUUGAUUACAGCGUGGGAAAUGUUUGUCAACAGUGAGUGCAGCACACUAGCCACUGUGCAUUUGGCAGGCAUUUAUUCUACAAUUAGAGGCUGAAGGGGCUGCGUGACAUACUGGUCUCUUCUCCCCCCUGUCCCCCUGGGAGACGUGAGGUCAGGGGGAUGGUUUGCUGUAAGUUCUGUUGUUGAGUCAAAUGUCAAGUCUGUGAGUAUGUGUAAGAAUGUGUGUGUGUGUUGACUAAUGACAUUUGAAAACUGCUUUUAUCUACAAUUUGUCAUUCCUGUAAUAUUUUCUGAAGCUUUCUACAGCUUGUAUCAGCCUCUGGUUAGGACCAGCAAAUCAGAGUAUCGGUCAGUGUGCGUCUUUAAUGUAUUGUCAUUGGAAAGGAAGUGUCAGUCAUCAAGGUCUCGGUGUGCAAAAGGACAGUGUGUCAUAGAGAAUGAAUGGGUCAGAAGAGAACCCUGAGAGGCUGAGAACUUGUACUUUUUAAAAAUGAAAUCCAACUUUACAUAUUGUAAAUGAUAAUAAAUAAGUGACAUUAUGCUCAAUUUUGAAAUAAAUGUGAAGCUGUUCUUAUAUUACUUCUGAUAUCAUAAUUACAGCAUUAUGCACAAAGCAGUCUACUGCCAGAAUAUUUUCAACCAAAUAAAGAUAUUGCUGUAAAACAAAAA